GGUGAAAGCGUAAGCAGUAUUGUAUCGUCUGCGAGUGCCAAAUCACCAGUUAUAGUUUAUGCCGUGAAUGGCUUUACAUUGGCGACCUUCUCUGUUAAAUCAAACGCAUAUAACUCAGAGCCGAGCAAAUCGGCCUUAAUCAAUGAUAUUAGCACAUCGAAUAAUCGUGCUUCGUUGUCGAUGGAUGAGCCUAUUCAAGUUGAUUUAUAUGCUUAUACUUUUUUACUUCAGAUACCGCGAGGAGCACUUGUGCAGACGGCUGAUGAAGUUGCUGAUAAACCGUUGGCUGUAUUUAAUUUAACGUCAUGGCAAGAAGUGGAGCAACUGGAGCCACAAGUCGCAAAAGAUUUAAAGACACCUUUUACUUCGAUAAUUGCAUCAAGUGAGGCGUUCUUCACCAAUCUGGUAUGUGAAUUGUUAUUUGUUGAGCGACGUAAAAAGCGUGUAUCUGUUUCGUCCGAUGUCAACUUUGAUGAGGAGGAAGAGCCAGCCAACGAACCAAAACGACCUAAAGGAAAAAUGAAAGCAGCAAAAUUCGGGGCGACUGAAACUAACUCGGCAACUACGUUCCAAAUGCCAGUUGUGUUGCCACCAGUCAAUGUCACUGGAUCAAACUUUAUACCGAACCGAACCGACCGCUGCCUUCUCUAUAUGGAUGCAGUCAAUAUUGUUGUAAUGAAAGAUGAGGGUGGUAAUCGAAAAUUCCGUAAUCUCGUUAUUGAUUAUACCAAUGCAACCUUCCUUUGGGAGCCGUCUUAUGUCAAUUGUGAUGUUAGCAAUAAUACCGUCGGUACUGCCAAGUUGGUUCCGAAUACACAUAAAGGCUACUGGAAAUUGGUGCGCGUUACGAUGCUUUCAAACCUGAAAAUUUCACCACCACGAACAACACAGUCAGAGUUCAUGAAAGAGGCUGUAACAUUACUUGGAGGAACGAAUACAACAGCGACUCAAUAUAUGGAUGUUGAAAGUUUUUACCAGUACGCAUAUGCGUGCUCAGGUACACAAGCUGCCUUUAUGCCUACUGAUAAGCCUUCUUAUAUGGUUGGCAUCGCAUUGAAUAACAUCGAAGUAGGUUUGAAUCAUUCACCCGUUGAUCUGAAAGCUUAUUAUGGGGAGAAACCUCAACCGUUCCUAGCGUUCAAUCGAGACGUGAACGAUUGCGUGGGCACAUUCAGUGUGGGCUCAUGGAUGGGUAUAAUUACUUCGCUUGUAUUGGCAAGUGUGCUAAUGUUCGGUUAUUUAAUGCUUCAGUCCAUACAAACGAUGGAUCGUUUUGAUGAUCCGAAACAGAAACAAAUUGUUAUAAAUUUCAAGGAAUGA